ACCGGCCGGGCCAGGUGCAGCGCCCGCGUGGCUGGGGGCCGCGGCGGCCCGGAGGACUGUCCCGGCCGCGGGCGACCCCCGGAGCCCAGUUGACACAUCUGUGCCCUUGGCAGUGAAAGAAAGUACUCUGAAUGGUUGGACUGGAAAGGUGCCCACCACCACCGAGGGGUCUUGACAUCCUUACCCACUUGCGGCAGUUCGAUGCUUUCUAAAUCAGCGAGCACAUCCAUAAUCCCAUGUGCUUUUCCAGACAGGGAAGCAGCUCGGGCACCUGCAGGCUGCAGGCACCCCAGGCCAUGUCAGAACUUUUGAGUGGGUGACGGGGAGCAGCUGUCAGCCAGUGGCCUUCCUGACCUAGCUUCGAGAUGCUGAGCCUCAAGCUCCCCCGGCUAUUCAGCAUCGAUCAGAUACCCCAGGUGUUCCAUGAGCAGGGCAUCCUCUUCGGCUACCGACAUCCACAGAGCUCCGCCACUGCCUGUGUCCUCAGCCUUUUCCAAAUGACCAAUGAGACCCUCAACAUCUGGACUCACCUGCUGCCCUUCUGGUUCUUCGUGUGGAGGUUUGUGACCGCCUUGUACGUGACAGACAUCCAGAACGACAGCUACUCCUGGCCGCUGUUCGUGUACAUGGGCACCAGCUGCGUGUACCCCCUUGCGUCCAGCUGUGCACACACCUUCAGCUCCAUGUCCAGGAACGCCCGGCACAUCUGCUACUUCCUGGACUACGGGGCCGUCAACCUCUUCAGCCUGGGCUCAGCCAUCGCCUACUCGGCCUAUUCGAUCCCGGACGUGAUGGUGCACACCACCUUCCAUGACUACUACGUGACCCUGGCCGUGCUGAACACCAUCAUCAGCACCGGCCUCUCCUGCUACUCCAGGUUUCUUGAAAUCCAGAAACCCGGGCUCUGUAAGGUGCUUCGCGUCCUCGCCUUUGCUUAUCCCUACACGUGGGACUCCCUCCCCAUCUUCUACAGGCUGUUCCUGGUCCCCGGGGAGAGCGCACAGAACGAAGCUGUCUUGUACCACCAGAAGCACACGGCCAUGACCCUCCUGGCCUCUUUCCUCUACUCUGCGCACCUGCCAGAGCGCCUGGCCCCUGGACGCUUUGACUACAUCGGUCACAGUCACCAGCUAUUCCAUGUGUGUGUGAUCCUGGCCACUUACAUGCAGAUGGAAGCCAUACUUCUGGACAAGACUCUGAGGAAGGAUUGGCUCCUGGUCAACUCCCGGCCCCUGUCUUUCCCUCAGAUAGCUGGAGCCAUACUUCUGUGCCUCAUCUUCAGCCUCAUCAACAUAAUUUAUUUCUCAGCUGCUGUGUAUCGGAUUCCCGAGCCAGAAUUACAUAAAAAAGAAACAUGAUUCAGACCAUAAGCUUUUCAUGCCAGAUGUCAACAUUAAGCUACAACAUCCCAACCACUAUAAGCCAGUGGCAUGGUACCAGUUUGCCAAGGUCUAAAAUAUUCACAAUGGUGUGUGUCUUGGAAUUUUUGAGUAGGUUCAUGUCAAUAAGGUAUUUGGGGAAAUUUCUCUGGAUGUGCAUUGAUUCUGUAUUAUGAUUUUAAAAGGGGAAGAUGGGCUCAAUUAAGUCCUUUUUGGGCAAAUCCUUCACACUUCAUUAAGUUUUAAAUUUAUUUAAAAUGGGUUUUGCAGUUCUCUUUAAUCAGUUGGAUUAAGCCUACCACCCUUGUAGCUUUGCUAUUAAACAGCUGAAUGAAGCUUUACUACCCUUAUAGUAUUACCCUUUGAAAAUGGAACUUUCUUCAUUUGAUGAGUUCCACACAGCACAACCUCUGCCCAAGAGGUCCACAGUGGAAGGGGAAUAAGCCAGAAAGAUCAGCAUAGAGAACAUGAAUAGGAGGAAGUUGGGUCUAUGGGAACCCUAGAGACUGGGGAGGCACCCAGAAUGAAGAGACCUGAUUCGGGGAGGAGUCUUCUUCCUUUCUCCACCUAGUGAAGGGAAUGAAAGUGAGGUGAAAGUUAAAGUCCUCUUUCCCACAAAUCCAUUCUGCCUCAAAGUGCCAAUUCCCCUGUCAUAUGGAUUUGGAUCUUCUUAAAAGUCCACAUGGCUGGGUGUCCGUGUUCUGUUUUGUUCUGUUUUCUUGUUGCUAGUUUGAUGCUGCACAGUAUUGUGUAGUGCAGGUUUUCAAAUAUGUUAUGUGUGGGAACUGGCUGAGUUAAUCCCAGUCAGCCAUGUUUAUCUGUCACCUUCUAAAUCAGUGACAUGUCACCUUCUAAAUCAUAUUUGGGGCUGUUAUACAUUUGAUGUUGCUUCAGCAUUUCAAAUAUGCUGCAAAUUUUAGUGUUCAUGUGCAGAGCGUGCUAAAAGCCUUCCUAACGGGUUGGUCAACUGUAGUGAUUCUCAAGCUUUACUGUGAAUCAGAAGAACUUGGUGGGUUUGUGACAAAAGCAGAUUUCCAGGCCAAAUCUGGAUUCUGCAUUCGUAGUUUAAAAUGUAGGUCUUUAGAGAUUUGCCCUAAAUCUGAGCAAGUCUCCAGGUUAUUCUAAUGCAGAAGGGCCCCAGACCAAACUUGAAGAGAUGCUUUGUGAUGAAUUCCAUGAGACACUGGGCCUAUGGGCUUUGCUGUGAUUGACCUAAUUUUCCACACCUUACCAACCUAAGGAUGUAUCCCCUGCUUUCUACUCUGCACAAAACUGAACGUUUUCUCAUCUGUUGCAUUGGGAGUUAAAGUUUAGUGUUUCGUGGUGUUUUCUUCGGAGAGUCCAGAAAUGCUGAUGCAAAACAGUUUUUAACAGAGGCCCAUUAACCCCUGAUCUGCAUUUGCUAAUGACUUAAGGGGUUGUCCAUCACAAAGCAGGAUCUUCUUUGCUGACUCAGGAACACCCCCAUAUCUUAGAAUGCCACCUCUAUAGUUAACUGGCCCAGAAACUUGAAUGGCCUUGUGAACAGCUCAUCGUCCAAUCCUCUGAGGAUAAGUAAAAAUUUAUAUUGGAUGAGAGUGGUCAAGAAAUAUGAUUUCAUUAGUUUUAUUAUCUGUUUAUUUCCUCUGGGGAAGGUAGACUGAUAAAAUUAUAUGGCCUGGUAAAUUUUUGGUACAUUAAUUGCCAGCUGCAUGACAAAAUUUAGUUUUUGGCAACAAUCUGACGUUGUUAGUGGAAUUUUACCCCAGCAGGGUCUGUGGGCUUCCAUUUCAUCUUGCUAUAACUGCAGUUUUAUGCUGAAAAGUACAAAGUUUAAAUACCCUCUUCCAGUAAUGCCAAAAACACAGAGCUUUUACAUAUCUCUUAUUUAGAGAGAGUGCAUUAAUGUUCUUUGGCUCAGAAAUAGUUGAAAGAUAAUAGGUGAUUAACUUGAAGGACCUUUAGAUUAUUUAAUUUUUGGUUAUGUGGCUUUUUCAUCAUACUUAAUGAUGGAAAAGAAAUGGUAACAAAGUAGGACCGGAGUUUCAUACUGUUUUUAUAUGUUUGGCAAAUUUAGUCCCAUUGUAUACUUUUUGGGCAGUGUUACAAGUUAAAAUUUGAUAACAGUUUCCAGUGUACAGAUUGGAAGCUUCUGGAUGUUUGACUGAGAAUGGGUUCAAAUAUAUUAAUCACCAUUCAGUAUUAAGUGUAAUAUGGGUAUAGUUUUGGUUAAGCCAUCCCAGAAAGUCAAAAAGGCUGGCAGUGGGUGAGCUGAAGACCUCACCAGGAAGAUGUCUUUUCAUGUAGCAGCUCUCAGCGUUUUUUGAGUGUCUCAAUACAACCUGGAGAUGUGUCAUACUCCCAUUAGUAGCAACUGCUCACCACGGCACUGCCUCAGAAGGGAUUGUGGGGGGCGGGGAGGCCACAAACUCCCCAUGGGAUGUCCCUCUUCUUCCUCUCCUUGCUUGAGAAGCACUGCUCCAAGAUUUCCCAGACGCCACAGUUGUGGUGACACUUGAAUGUUUGGAUGAGGCCAUGUGGUCCACUUCCUCGUCCUCUGCUCAUCUUAGAAUUACACUUUCCACUGGUCAGUUUUUAGAGAGAAAUGAAUUUGUCCCUGUGGAUUAGAAUGAGAGGUGGGAGGCUUUAGAAACCACCUGAGUACAAAGUGAUCUAAAUAGCUGAUCUGCAGCAGUCUUUCUCAAGAGUGCUUGAUGUGGAACCGAGCUUACCUGAGAGGUAAGGUGAGGUGGAGGAGACCCGUGUGGUCACAACUGUUGGCGAGACACUUCAUUUGGCUCUAUUGUGUCCCAGAUGUGUUCAUAUGGCACUAUAUGAAACACCUGUUAACCCAGUAUGACAGCACUUUAUAACAUAUUAGUUGAUAAUGCCAGUCUCUGAUUUUCUAGCCAACAAUCCAUCAAGGACGAAAAGCAAAGACCCAUUUCCAAACUCAGAUGUUCUUCCAAUCUAACUAAUGUCUGGUUUUCUUAAACUGUGUGGGAGAAAAAAAAUAAAAUUUAUUAUAAUAAAGGCCUGUUUCCCACUUGA